AUGGAGGCCUUACGGGAACGAAUAGAUGCGAUGGAGAAUGCCUCGGGUACCGAAAUAUGGGAAACCUUAAAAGAGUUCGAGGCAAAAUUAAAACUUGAUUUAUUCGAUAUUCGCGCAAAAGAGAAGGAAGCGGAAAUCAAACAGGCUCGUGAGAGGCAGAAAGUGCAAACAAUACGCGCGGAUUUGGAGAAUUUGCGAGAGCAGGUACACGCGGCGACGAGCGAUUUUGAGAAAUUCAAAGAAUCGGUGAAGCAGAAAUUUGAAGAAAGCGGCUUGGAUUUCCAGAAGGCCGCUGGAAUGGCCGAAAGCGCCUAUAAAGAAUCACUUUUAAACCAAGAAAUUUGCAUUCGCGAUCUUAUUAAGCAGGAUUACACCGAUUUGAAUGAAAUUAAGCAGAUUACCGAAAAAAUUGUCAAAAUUCUUCUAUCAUGCCGGACCACCAAUAUCCAUGCGAUUCUUCAAUCAGAUUUAGCCGUUUUUGCCAGCAAAUAUGUGAAAUUCACGCGAAAAGCGCUUUGGGACCAUUUGCACACAUACGACAUCAUGACAAAAGCGAAGCGAGGUUGGCGCGAUGACGAAGAAAAAUCAAAGUUUUCGGCAAAAAUUGACGAUUGCUGCUCAAUUUUGUGCAAUUUGGCGUACAUGACGACGAAAAACUUUCAUGAAUGUCCGGAUAUUAUUAUUGGCCAUUUUCUCGUUCUUUUGGAGAAUUUCUCGAUUGAUUUGAUCGAGGAAGAUCAGAACAAAAAGGAUUUCGAUUGGAUUCUGACAUGCACAUUUUCGUGGGCCGAUAAUUUAAAAGUCGCUGUGAUGGAUGCUCUCAACAAAAUUGAAAUUCGUCAAGUUAAGAGAAAUGCGCCAAACUUUGAGAAACUUUAUUAUAUGCAAUUCGGUCGAGUGGUGAACUCAAUUAGUGCUCAUUUUAUCAUCAAGCAUAUUUCGGAGCCAUCGGUUUUCUCGAAAAUUUCCAGAAUUCUAAGCAAAUUUGAGGCGAAUUGGAACAUCGAUGAGUAUGGUCCGUUGUUCGACGCCCUUUAUGACUCGGAGAUAUCGACGAAAUGGCUUUUGCUUCAAACCGAAAUUUUCGCGUACGAAUCGACGAAAUUGCUGAAAACUGACGGAUGCUUCGCAAUGACGCUCGUCGAAUUGGGAACGCCGAUGCGAUUCGCCUCGCAAGUCACAAUGUUCAUUGAGAAUUGGGCUCAUCGAUUUGAGCAUGAGGUGGCGAUUAUCAAAAAUGCUGAAAUUCGAAAAGUGUUCUAUGACACCGGCGUGAUUCUUCUCGAUGAUUUCUGCUCGAGAAUCUAUGAAACCGCGAAUAAGAUGUACUUGGAGCCGACAUGGGCUGAUGAUGUCUAUCAAGUGAUGAGCUCUGUUUGGGAAAUUCGACGAAUCAUUGCAUUGGCAUUGGCCUCGUGGCCGGUUUCGUCAGAAGAAGUUCAAAAAGAAUAUGAAACCGAAUUUUAUCGGCUUGCUGGAAUGAUCUCGGAAUACCUUAAUGAUAUUAUUGAUGGAAUGGAUGACAUUAUAAAAGCUUCAUAUCCAACGGUUGCCGAGAAGGUGCGAAAGGUCGAAUCGACGUUUUGUCGAGUGCUCAAAUGUUUGGCGAAUGUUGUUUCGAAAGCGAGCGAGAGCACACGAAGUCCGGUGCUCAAUAAGUUGCUCGAGGAAUUGUUCAAAAUUCUUGGCGUCAAAUUUGAGGGUUGGAAGCAUUCCAACGUCGAUCUUGUUUCAUCGAUCUACAAUGCGAUAUACCUCGACAUUUAUCCAUAUUUGGAUGGUCUGGUGAAAUCGGGCCGAUGGAAACGAGAUGAUGCUGCUCGAUCGGCGAUCACCCAUUUGGAUGCUUUGAUGAAGCGCGCCGCCACGUUGGAUCCGAGUGGCGAAUUGGUGCGAAUCGCGUUCAAAUUUCAAGUCGAGAAAAUGCUCACUGAGCUUGGUAUUCAGCGCACAUCUGGCCACACGUUCCAUGAUUAUCAAAUUCUUGCUGAAAACUGGUCGAAAUUUCAUGGGUAG